AUGCGUGUUAUGUUAAGGAUGCUGGAUAUGAUCGAUGUUUUUACGGGCGGAGCGCCAACGGUGACAACAAUUCAAGGCUCGUUAGUUGCUAAAUCGCAGACAAAAUUAUCGGUGGAGGAGACGGUCAUCAAGCGCGGCAUACAUUCCGUUUUUCGAGCUCUGCUCUGCAACUGUAGCACGCCUAUUUAUAAGAUAGCCGUUAACAAAUUGUAUGAGUUCGUAUCAACAGCAAUGUACGAUAGCCGACUGGCUGCCGAUACCGUGGCCGAAAUGAUCUACUGUGCUGUUCGGACCUAUCCUCAAGAAUCAUUGGAUCGUUUUUUGGAUCUCAUUAUAGGAAAACUGGACCCAUUAUUAAAAGAUGUGUCUGCCGAUGACGAAGAGCUAGACUCCACUGUUGUAUGGUAC